CGUUGAUGUCAAGGAGUUGACAAUUGUCAACCCAAUAAAAAUUGUGAUAGAAGAGCGCGUUCCAACAUUUUGCGAAUAGUAUAAUUAUUAUUUUACGCGACUUUCCAAGAUGGUAGGUAGCCUGACGCUUUGCCUGCACGGUGGUGACGACGAUGUAGGACUGGUCCGCCAACCCCAAUACAACUUCCAUAUCUAUCCACGUCGCAUUCCGGUGGAUCAACAGUUCGACUGCGCGCUAGACCUGAUGCGGCGCUUGCCGCCGCAGGAAAUCGAAAAGAAUUUGGUAGACCUAAUUGAUCUGGCUCCAGGCUUGUGUGAUGAUCUGCUCUCCUCAGUGGACCAGCCUCUGAAGAUUGUCAAAGACAAGCAGACUAAGCAGGAUUAUCUUCUUUGUGAUUACAACCGCGACGGCGACUCCUACAGGUCGCCAUGGUCGAACACGUACGACCCGCCGCUGGACGAUGGCUCUCUGCCAUCAGAGCGUCUCCGUAAGCUGGAGGUUGAGGCCAACAGCGCGUUCGACUUGUAUCGGGAGAUGUACUUUGAGGGCGGUGUCUCUUCGGUGUAUUUCUGGGACUUGGAAUACGGCUUCGCCGGCGUUAUCCUCAUCAAGAAGACGGGCGAUGGCAGCAAGAAGAUCAAGGGCUGCUGGGAUUCAAUCCAUGUCGUCGAGGUGACAGAGCGCACGCUCGGUCGCAAUCCGCUCUAUAAGAUGACCAGCACGGUGAUGCUCUGGCUGCAGACGAACAAACCGAGCUCGGGCACAAUGAACCUCGGUGGUAGUCUCACGCGGCAGGUGGAGCAGACGCUGGCCUGCAACGAGACAAACCCGCACAUCGCCAACAUCGGCAAGAUGGUCGAGAAUAUGGAGAAUCAGAUCCGCAACACGUUGAAUGAGAUUUACUUUAGCAAGACGAAGGACAUCGUCAAUAGCUUGCGCAGCGAGCAGCCGCUGAACGACGCACGCCACCAGCAGACGCUACGGCAGGACCUAGCCGCCGCGCUACAGCGCCGCAACAAGCAGGAGAACUGAUGCGACGCGCCCGGCGUCGACGUGUACGGCUGCUGCGGCGAUGAGCGCGCCCGCACACGCGAUUCAUUUUUUACUUAACGAAUUAGGAGGUUUCUUUUCGAUUAUUAACGCAAUAUCUUCAGCGCUGGUUUUGUUUUUAACGAAUGCCGACCGAGGGGUUCACGUGAUACGUACGCUUCGGCGCGUUUUCCGCUUGCCGCGCGCGCGCGCGCCCCCAUUUCCUUCUUCCGCGUCACCACGACGAGCGGCGCACCACCGCUUCACAGUCCCGCCCGCCCGGGCACGUUCAACGAAUUCCGCUCGCGUCGUAUUUAUCUAGCCCCCGAUUCGCGUCUACGAUAAGCCACAUUAACCCGACAUUCACGAAGUAACGAGAUACACCUAGUUAAGACAUUUAAAUUUUAACAAACUUAAGCUCAAUUACGGAGGAAUCACGACGCUGGCGUGUUCUUGUAUUGAUUCAUAGUUCAACGUGGAUAUUGAUGAGUCGUAGUAAGUUGUGAACUAUAUCUAUCUUUCCUACAAUAUUAUAUUAAAUUGAUUACAUUGUUUCAUUUGGACGAUAGAAUAUAUUGUAUUAUAAAUUAUUCUUUAAUAAAACUACAUUUUUAUAUAAA